GCCAGUAGUGUUUGAUCUGUUCAGCAUGUCUGCCGCGCUGUGUGCCUGUCUAGUGCUCCUGUUGGCCGUCUCUACGACAAUCUUCAUCAACACCAGGACCAAUUCACCACACGGAUCAUCUGUGAUUGACAGGUUGAAUUCUACUUAUGAUUACAUUAUAGUUGGUGGAGGGUCGGCCGGAUGUGUGCUGGCUAAACGUCUGUCAGACGGCAAUGACGUCACCGUGCUGCUCCUGGAGGCCGGGGAUAGCGACUGGGGAAACCCGCUGAUUAGCACGCCAGGCUACUCGACGGCUAACUUCAAGUCUGGGACUGACUGGGAGUACUACACGGAGACCCAGGAGGGGGCGCUGACAGGGCUCAACGAUAAUCGCUCCUUCUGGCCGAGGGGUAAGGUGCUGGGCGGAUCUGGCAGCAUCAAUGCCAUGAUCUGGGUGCGUGGGUUCAAACCCGACUUUGACAGAUGGGCUCAGUACCUGGGUACUGAUGACUGGGACUACAGACACGUCUUGCCUUACUUCAAGAAAUCUGAGGACAUUAAAGUACCUGAACUAAGGGAUUCAGAUUUUCGGGGACGUGAUGGGCUUCUUACUGUAAAUACGAUCCAAUCACCGAAGCCCAUUGUCGAGACGUUAAUGAAAGCAGCUGCAGCGAUUGGCUACCCAUUUGGACAAGAUUACAAUGGGGAAACUAAAGAAGGUUUCUUCUACACACAGUUCAACUUAAACAACAAUGAAAGAUGGUCAACCAGCAAAGCCUACGUCCACCCAAUCCUGGACAGACCCAACUUCCACCUGGCCUUGAAAUCCCACGUGACCAAAGUGGUGAUAGAGAACAAGAGAGCUACAGGUGUGGAGGUCAUCAAGGACGGCAGAAAGUUCACCGUCCAGGCCAGACGUGAGGUCAUCUUGUCUGCUGGGACAGUCGGCUCUCCACAGAUUCUCAUGUUGUCUGGGGUCGGCCCUAGGAAACAUCUGGAAAGUUUCAAGAUCCCAGUUCACGCUGACCUCCCAGUGGGAGAGAACCUACAGGACCAUUUGUUCUUUGACGUCGGGGUUAAGGUCAGGGAGCCGUUAACUGCUUCCAUCGAGGAGAUGAAGAAUUCGUGGACACAUCUGAAGUACAAGCUGUUUGGCGCAGGUCCACUUGCGUCCCCCUACCUGUGUGAGACUAUGGCCUUUAAAAGCACAACCACAGAGACCAGACGACUCAACUGGCCAGACCUGCAGAUCCAUUUCAUCAAUAUCUUACCUCCAAGCUCUGACGGUACCUUCUCAUACAAUAGCCAGGUGAAAACUGACCUGAGCGGAAGAGAUUCAGCCAAAUAUGGCUUCUUGUGUGUCCCAACACUGAUACGUCCAGAGAGUAAAGGGACGAUAACUCUACGUACAAGUGACCCGUUUGAUUACCCGGCUAUUGCCCCUAAAUAUCUGAGUAAACAAGAUGAUGUCGAGCUGCUCAUCCGAGGUAUUCAGGAGUGUGAGAAGUUGGUCAACACGGAGCCCAUGAAAGCUGUGGGGGCUGAGCUGACCGAGGACAGACCAGCCGCCGCGUGUGGACAUCACAGGUUCAAAUCCCACGAGUACUGAGAGUGUGUGGUCAAGCAGAGGUCCUGUACGUUGUAUCACCCGGCGGGGACCUGCAAGAUGGGACCUAAAGGGGACCCCACAGCUGUUGUAGACGGGCAAUUAAGAGUCUACGGCGUGUCCGGCCUCCGUGUGGUGGACGCCUCUGUCAUGCCGUGGGUUGUCUCAGCCAACACCAACCCUGUGACAAUCAUGAUUGCCGAGAGGGCGGUGGAUUUCAUCCUCAACAGACCUCCUCUGCCGCCACAAAAUGGAUGAACAAACAACAGCAGCACUUUAGAGAGUUUUGUUACUGCCGGGCAAACUAAGUCUAAACCUUGUGUAUUCAUUCUCAUCAUAGGCGCACAGUAAAUACCGCUUCUUGGUGAAAUAUAUAGGAGAUAGCUUAUAUAUAUAUAUAUAUAUAUAUAUAUAUAUAUAUAUAUAUAUAUAUAUAUAUAUAUAUAUAUAUAUAUAUAUAUAAUGUCAAUACGAUCUUCUCCAUGUCAUUUCCACAACUCUUCGAUUUGACUGUUUGCCCAAGCUUAUUGGUUGUGUAUAUUGUGAUGGCAUUCCAACACAUACCAAUGUUUCUAGUGCACAUUUUUAUUUUAUUACUUUAAUAUUGUUUUUAUAUCAACAUAUUUCUGUUUUUUUGUUGUUGCUUUGACGCUUUUUAGUGACUGUUGUAUUGCAAUUUUUAAUAAA